UUCUACAGAACAGGGUGAGAGGUGUUGCUAUCAAUCAUGGCGGACGUGCAGUCGGAGGCACCUACCCAGCCCGAUCUCAUGGAGGCGGAUGAGCCGCUCCUGAGCAACCUGGACAUCUUCCUCUUCUCGCUCAUCGCUGGCCUGGUCAUCUACUGGUUCACCUUCCGCAAGAAGCCGGAGCCCAUCCCCGAGUUCAAGAAGCUUGACAUGCCAGCCCCUAGCACCAGGGAAACCAGCUUCAUCGAGAAAAUGAAGAAAACCGGCCGAAACAUUGUGGUGUUCUACGGCUCCCAGACGGGCACAGCCGAGGAGUUUUCCAACCGGCUGUCCAAGGAUGCCCAGCGCUACGGCAUGAAGGGGAUGGCAGCGGACCCGGAGGAGUACGACUUGUCGGAGUUGGCGCGUUUGUCGGAGAUCGAAAACUCUCUGGCCAUCUUCUGCAUGGCCACCUACGGCGAGGGCGACCCUACGGACAAUGCCCAGGACUUCUACGACUGGCUUCAGGAAGGCGACGCAGACCUGGAUGGACUCAACUUCGCCGUGUUUGCGUUGGGAAAUAAAACGUACGAGCACUACAACGCCAUGGGCAAAUACGUGGACAAGAGACUGGAAGAGCUUGGAGGCAAGAGAGUGUUUGACCUUGGCAUGGGAGACGACGACGGCAACUUGGAGGAGGACUUUGUCUCAUGGAGGGAGCAGUUCUGGCCGGCCAUGUGUGAGCACUUUGGAGUGGAGGCCACUGGCGAGGAGUCCAGCAUCCGUCAGUACGAGCUGAAGGUGCACGACGACCUCAACAUGAACAAAGUGUACACUGGAGAGCUGGGUCGACUCAAGAGCUUUGAGAGCCAGAAACCGCCCUUUGACUCUAAAAACCCCUUCCUGGCACCGGUGACGGUGAACCGCAAGCUGAACAAGGGGGGCGACCGCCACCUCAUGCACCUGGAACUGGACAUCACCGGAUCCAAGAUCAGGUAUGAGUCAGGAGAUCACGUGGCUGUUUAUCCCAUCAAUGACACAACUAUUGUGACCAAGUUGGGUGAUAUCCUUGGAGUGGACCUCGACACUGUUAUCUCUCUCAACAACCUUGACGAGGAGUCCAAUAAGAAGCACCCAUUCCCCUGCCCCACUACCUACCGCACCGCUCUGACCCACUACCUGGACAUCACGCACCCUCCGCGCACCAACGUGCUCUAUGAGCUGGCCCAGUACGCCACUGACCCCAAGGACCAGGAGAACAUGCGCAAGAUGGCCUCCUCCUCCUCCGAGGGCAAGGCGUUGUACCAGAGCUUCGUGCUGGACCCGUCCAGGAACAUCCUAGCCAUCCUUGAGGACAUGCCAUCGCUGAAGCCCCCUGCUGACCACCUGUGUGAACUGCUGCCUCGCCUGCAGGCGCGAUACUAUUCCAUCGCCUCCUCCUCCAAGGUACACCCCAACAGCAUCCACGUCUGCUGCGUGGUGGUGGAGUACAAGACCAGCACGGGCCGCACCAACAAGGGCGUGGCCACCAACUGGCUGAAGAGCAAGCUGCCCACCGACAACGGCCACAAGGCCACCGUGCCCAUGUGUGUGCGCAAGUCCCAGUUCCGCCUGCCCUUCAAGGCCACCAACCCGGUCAUCAUGAUCGGGCCCGGCACGGGCAUCGCUCCCUUCAUGGGCUUCAUCCAGGAGCGCGGCUGGUUAAAGGAGCAAGGAAAAGAGGUUGGUGAGACAGUGCUGUAUUACGGCUGCCGACACAAGAACGAGGACUACCUGUACCAAGAGGAGCUCGAGGAGUUUGAGAAGACAGGCGUUCUAACCAAGCUUAAUGUGGCCUUCUCCAGAGACCAGGAUCAGAAGGUGUACGUCCAGCACCUCAUAAAGAAUAACAAGGAGGAGAUCUGGAACCAGGUCCACUCACAAAGUGCACAUAUCUACAUUUGUGGGGAUGCUCGUAACAUGGCACGAGACGUGCAGGCGGCGUUCUACGAUAUCGCUGAGGAGCUGGGAGGCAUGACGCACGCCCAGGCCACCGACUAUGUCAAGAAACUGAUGACAAAGGGGCGCUACUCGCAGGACGUGUGGAGCUAAACGCCUAUCCCCACCCCACCCCACCCCCUCCAAGCACCAGCCUCCUCCCUUGAAC